UGCUAUGAACAUGUGAUCAUUGAAAUUUUCGGGAAAUUUUUUUUAGUAAAUCCCUGAAUUGUAAAAAAUCAAUUGUUUUCAAUUCUCUAGUGAUUUAUCGCUGCGAAAAUCAUUCUGAAUUCGGUGCACCGAAUGCAUUUUGGUUAUCAGUGAUAACCAACGCGCUAAUCAUUCGGCGAAACAGUUGUGGUUUGACCUCGACAUUUCGCGAUAUCGCGUGAGUUAAAAAAAAAACUCACAGUAAUGGUACUGCAUUCAUACGAAUAACACCGCAAUAUUAUUUCCAUUGAGUCCCCGGGAUUCUAAAGAUAAUACACCAUAUUCGUGAUUUCGAACUGUUAAUAGUUUAACGUGGAAAAUUCGAGAGAUCAAUUCGACUGGAGAACAUGGAGAAAAAAAAAUAAAUUCAGCCAAGUAAAUGGACUUGCGACAAGUGCAAAUUAUUAUAUUUGAAGUGUUGAUUAUCUUAUUGUUAAUUAAAGAUGUUCAUUAUUCCUUUAGUCUAAAUUCCUGCGUUUUUUCUACAGUAUGUGAUUGUUUUUAUUGAAAAAAAAAAAAAACAGAAAAUUGUUUGCAACACAAAAAUUUCAUGAGUGAUUAAAAAAUGAUAAAAUGAAAAAGUGCAUAAUUUUUACGUCAAUUCCACCGUAAGUUUACUGGAAAAAUGAAAAGAUCGUUGACUGUGGGGGAAAGGGCGCAUAAAGUCCUUAAAAUAAUUUUUUGCUGAGGCGCGAGCGCCGGCGCAGCUGAAAAUCUAUUUAUAAUAUUCAGAGGACCAUCGACGUUGGAAUAUCAGUGAAUACCAUCAGAAGACAUCUAGAUUUCUUUCUGACACAUUUACAUCGCAAUACUCCAAAUUACUCGUCUGUACCUGCACACGUGUUUUGGUGCAACGAAAAGAAACAUCUGUUCCCGAUCAAUAAACAUGUGACUCACUUUGUAUUUUCCUCGUCCUUCAGUUGCCAAGACAGUUAACAGGACGCGCCUCGAUAAUUGAGGAUGAAAUAACCUGGAGGAUUAUUUGUGGAAGAAUGAAGACAGCAACUGCCAGGGGAAUAAUCGGGUGCAUUGGGAAAUGCACGUCAGGUCUGACUCUUGAUGAGCUUGACAUCCUGACAGACACUGUUCACAGCACUUUGGGUCGUCACCAGGGGAGGAAAAUUUUCCGAGAGUUCCUGCGAAAGGGAAAACGCCAGGACGACCUCAAAUGUUUAGAUUUUCACGAGCAAUGCUGCAAAUAUAUCGAAAACGAGCGAGAUUACGUAUUGUCCACGGCAACCCCGAAUCUGAAAAUGCUGACCAACGACGUGAGUGAAGCAUUCGACACUGCUAUCGAAUUGGAAAGAGUACCCGAAAUAGACAUGGCCAUUUUAGACAAAUUCAACGAGGCCCUCAACACCCCCUGCAGAGAAUCCAUGCUGCAGGUCCUCGAGGAGACUAAACUAAGGCUCGAGGAUCAUUUGAGCUCUUCUCACAAGGACUUCAAGAUUUACAUGCGAGAGCCAUGUCCUAACACCAGAUGAUCCGACUCGAAAAUUAAAUUAUUACUAAAUAUUCAUAAUUUCACUGCACUGAGAGAUAAAAUCUACUUUUUAUAAAAACAAUUUAUCGGAUAGAAUAAAAUAUUCUCUUGUGAGUUU